UGAUGACACACGUGAAACGUGACGUCACGCUAAAGUCCACAUGCUAUUGCUCAAUCCGAAAAUUUCCGGAUUUUUAACGAAAAUAAACUGAAAAUGGAAUCUUCAAACAAUCAAUCUGGUGCGCCCGAUGAAUGGGACGAUGGCAUAAAUGAUGAACAAGUUGAUAACAAUUUAAAUAAGCCUCUAGCUGCUCUCAAUAUUGACGCACCGGCAUUUGUUCCGGGCCAGAAUCCAUAUGCAUUUACUUUUGUGCCUACUGGUGUUACAUCCAACGAUGGUGCAGGUGACACCAAGCCUGACCAGCCUCCCCCACAGCCUGCCAUGGAAGAUGAUGUGAAAGAUGAAGAUGAUGGUGGAGGAGCCAAGCAAGUUGCUGAUGACUGGGGUGGAGCUGAGGAGGAUGAAGAAGAAGAUGACGAGGAUAUGGAUGACGACAGCGAGUGUGAAGUGAAGAAGCCUGUUAUGAAGGAUAAGAUCGUGAAAAAGGCACACAUGAAUAUCAUAUUCAUCGGACAUGUUGAUGCUGGAAAAUCAACCAUUGGUGGACAAAUUUUGUUUCAGACAGGGAUGGUCGACAAAAGAACAUUAGAAAAAUAUGAGAAAGAAGCGAGAGAGAAGAGCAGAGAAAGCUGGUAUCUUUCAUGGGCAUUAGACACAAACCUUGAAGAGCGAGAGAAAGGUAAAACCGUUGAGGUGGGACGAGCGUACUUUGAGACGGAAAAUAAACAUUUCACAAUCCUUGACGCUCCUGGACAUAAGAGCUUCGUACCUAACAUGAUUGGAGGGGCAUCACAAGCAGACAUAGCAAUUUUGGUAAUAUCAGCACGAAGAGGAGAAUUCGAAACCGGGUUUGAGCGGGGUGGGCAGACGAGAGAACACGCUAUGUUGGUCAAAACUGCUGGCGUGAAGAAACUGGUUGUUGUUAUUAACAAGAUGGAUGACCCUACAGUACAGUGGGAUGAAGCUAGAUAUAAUGAAUGCAAAGACAAACUAAUACCGUACCUAAAGAAGUGCGGGUUCAACCCUAAAACCGACCUGGUAUUCUUCCCCGUGUCUGGUCUCACUGGUGCUUUCAUUCGAGAAAUACCCCCCGAGAAUGUCUGCCCCUGGUACAGAGGGCCAGCCUUUAUCGAAUAUCUGGACGGUUUACCGCCCAUCACACGAGCCCUAGACAAGCCUUUCCGUAUGCCUGUAAUGGACCGAUACAAGGACAUGGGAACCAUUCUCAUCGGGAAAGUGGAGUCUGGCAUCUGUGCGAAAAAUCAGACAUGUUUACUCAUGCCAAAUAGGUGUUCAGUAAAGAUCAUGCAGUUGUGGUCAUAUGAUGAGGAAACGGACGAAGUUCAUCCGGGCGAGAACGUUAAGUUGAAAGUCUCCGGAAUAGAAGAAGAGGACAUAUCUCCGGGCUUUGUAAUAUGUGCGCCCGAUGCACCCUGUAGAACGGGGAGAACAUUUGAUGCGAAGAUUGUGAUAUUGGAGCACAAGUCAAUCAUCUGUGCUGGCUUCAGUGCAGUGCUGCAUAUUCAUACAAGUGCGGAGGAAGCAACCAUUACAAACCUCAUAUGUAUAUUGGACAAAAAGACUGGGAAAAAGACACCGGCUAGGUUCAUUAUGCAGGACCAGAUUGGUAUCGCACGCUUCCAUGUGAAUGCUGGAGUUAUCUGCCUUGAGACAUUCGAUGAUUUCCCACAGAUGGGUCGAUUUACGCUAAGAGAUGAAGGUCGUACAGUUGCGAUAGGCCAAGUUUUAAAGAUUGUAGACUAAAUCACUCAAAACAGCAUAUUGACUGACAUUGCUAUAGAACUUUGAUAAAAACAAAUAGUGAAAACUGUGUUAUGUGGACAUAAAGGACUUGAAUACUGCCCUGGCACGAAAUCAUUGUGUCGACCAGAAAGCUUCUCAUUCUUCAAAAACAGCCACACAUCGCUCAUAAGCUGUCAUGGAACUUACAAGAAGCCAUGGUGGACAUGUAUGUGAUCAACGUUGUCACAUGAUAUGGACAUAUGAUCUGCAGAGUGUCACAUGAUAUGGACACAUGAUCUGCGGUGUAUCACAUGAUGAUCACAUGUGAAUAUAAACACUGUGUCACAUGAUCAUGUUAUAAAUCGUCAAGAAAGACAGACUAUGAAUAUGUCUUUAUAAAUCGUCAAUAAGAUCGCUUAAUUGACAUGUCUUGGAAAAUUGUCAAGAAAAACGCUUAAUUGACAUAAUUUUAAUUGGUAAUUUUCAAGAAAGACCCAUUAUGUCACAAUAAUUUGUCAAGAAAGACACAUAAUAUCUUUAUAAUUUGAAAGACGCAUUAUUGACAGGUCUGGUAAUACGUCAGGAAAGCACUAUUUGUCCUUGACAUGUGUUGGUCUGAUCCACAACUGUCCUAUUCAAAAGCUGAGUUUAUGUAGCGUUUUUGACCACUCAUUUUUUACUGCCAAUUUUUAAUGAAAUUAAUAAAAUUUAAAAGAAGUGAUUUGUGAGGGCUAAAAAUCAAAAAAAUCAUUACUGAAUGGUAGGGUUGGAUAUUUUGGAUGAUUUCAGAUAAUGCAUUUGAAUAAAUGUAAACAAUCAGUGAAAGGAACAGAAUUGAACAAGAAAGUUGAUAAUUUUUGUCAAUGAUAAUAAUGCGUAUGGUUUAGGCUAAGGAAAGCUUAGUUUUUGGCUUUGUCAAGUUUAUGCCAUCCGCAUUGAAAGUGCUAGAAAUGUUCAUGUUCGAGGAUUGUAUGGUUGUAAUACAAUAAUCAUGUGCAGGAUAUAUUGAGCAAUGACCCAUCUAUAUUAUUGUUUUAUGUUAAGUCUAAACAAGGCAAAUCUAAUAUUGUUGAUGUAUUGUUCCAUAAGAUUACAUUUUAUAUUAAGUAAAACAUGUAGAUAGAUAAAGAAGGGCUGAAUUGAGUAAUUGCGACCAGUCGUUUUAGGAAAAUUAUCUCAUUUUUGAACUUUUCAACAGUCAAUUAUUCCAUGUAUAAACAUAAAAAUGUGCUGCAGAAGUUAUACAUAAAACUCAUGUAUGAAAUGUUAUUUAUUUGGUGCUUAUCUCACUGGAGAUUAUGUUUAAAUGCUUUUAAAGUUGUUUCACUGCUCAAUUCUCAUAGUUUCUGGUCUCCUGGGCGCGUUGUGAAACUAGAAGCUUUUUUCGUGUGCAAGUGGCAUUCUUUGCUUUUGAAAUUAUGUUACAUGAACCCCAAAAAUAUUUAUUUCUAUACAUUUUCUACCAAUAUCUAUAAAAUGUGAGGAUUUUUUUUUAUACAUGAUACAUGAUGUUAUCUUCUCAGAGCAUUGCUAUGAAGAGACAUAUUUAACAUAAUUAGCAGAUUUCAUUUUGAUUAUGAAAAGAGGCUACACAAAGACAUUCCUAAAUUUAUUGUAAAUACAUAGGAUGGCUGACAUACUGGUCAAAUUAAUAAUCUUUAUGAGGCCAAAAAAUAGUUUGUUAGGCGUUUCCCAACCGAUUCACACAACUACCUGCCACCUGAUUUAUUUUUCUAACGUUCAUGUAGUCAUUUUCUUUUCAUUUCUCAAUUUGGAUUGAGGGGUUUGAAAGUUAAAAAAUAAAUAAACACCAGGGAUGUGAUUUGUCCGCGGAUUCGCGGAUUUCCGCGGAUCUAAUGCCCCAGGGACUCCCCCCCCCCCCAAAAAAAAAAAUAAUAAAAAAAAAUAAUAAUAAUAAUAAAAUAAUUUUUUUAGCUGAUUAAAAAAGUUACUAAGGUGCUUUUGGUUGUUAAGUUGAUAUACCUGUGUGCUUUAAAUUUCAAGUCAGAAGAACCCUCAAAAGAGCUUCUAAAAAGCCAGUUUUCUUCUAAGGCAGUGUGCUUUUGACCCCAAAAGUGCCAUAAGAACCCAUGGCUGAAAUGGUUUCAGCCCUUCAGCUGCCAGGUCAAUUACAUCCCUGAACACCACCACACUUCAAAAUGUCGGUAGGGGCACCCUGAACAAACUAUAAAUUAUGGUCUAAUUGGAAGGAAUCCAUGUUCAACUACAGAAGUAGACUUACAUAUGCGAUCUUGUUAUUGUUUGCCUGUUACAUGAACUAUUAAAGAUUUUAAAUUUGUUGUCUGGGAAACUCAAAACCAUUAAAGAAUUCAUGUACCUCAUUCUGUCCUCUAAAAUCUGCUCUCUCACAAAUUGACAGUUUUGAUUGACAGUUUUGAUCUUCUUUAUAAAAAAAAUUGUCUCAGAAUCCGCUCUUUUUGGCAUCAGUGCCUUCAAUUCAGUUGUAUAAGAUGACCCACAAUAGAACAUAUUUCAAUUGUGUGUUAAACUGUCGAAAAAUUCAGUUUUCUUUUAACAUUAGUAAAGCUAUUAGUCAUAAAACAUCAAUUUUCAAAGGUAAAUAUAAAAACUGCGAUCUGCUCUUUUGUCAGCAGUUUUAUAUCACUGGUUUCCAGACAUUUACCCUAAAUUGGCUCAUUCCAGGACAAAAAAUGAAAAAGGUGAAAAUAAUAAGUCAGUGAGAGUGCAGCUUUUACACAGUAGUACAGUCCUGUAUAAAGUGUAUGAUAUAAGUUGUUGAAAAAGUGCUUAUUUUGCUAUGAUAACAUGGCACCAUUAUCAUGCUGAUAAUAAUGUAUUCAUGAUAUUGAGUUAAAAGUGACACUCUUAUUCAAAAUCAAUACAUAUUCAUGUAAAACAUACAUAAAUUUUGAGUGCUACACCCUCAAAUAGUUAUUAAAUAAUGCACUUAUGAAAAAUAUUAAUUACUAUUAACAAUAUUAUAACCAUGUAUUUAAUAGCUGAAAACUCAAAAAUAUUAAAUGAUUGGUGAAUGCUAAAAGAUUUACUGCGAUCUACUAUAGUCUCACAAGGAAGCAACACAGUGUUUUCUGCACAUUUCUUUCAAAUUAGUCAGUAUCUCCUAUAAGAUCUAUUGUUUUCGACAUUUAUUCAUCCUUUUUGUUAUAUUAAAACAAUUGCAUUAAAUGUGUUAAAUCUUAAUUUUGAAUUGUAAUGCAUCUUUAAACUUUUAAGGCUUUUAGUUGCUGCAUGAUCACCAGUCUUUGCUGUUAACAUACUGUAGUUAUAAGAAUAGACAAGUUCAUAGCCAACUCAGUUGGAAAAGUAAAUUAUUGUUAUCUACCAUGCUUUUUGUAUAUUCAGCCACUGUUAUAAAUAUAAGUGAAAGUCGUUAAUCAUGUUUCAUGUUCAAAUUGAAUACAUUGUAUGUUAAUGCAUGUUUAAAGAUGAUUUAGUUGUGCAAAAUAGCCUCAAGUCCAUGCAAAAUUUUUAUGAACAAAAUUUAUUUUGGUUUCAAUGAGAAAAAAAAGGAAUUAUCAGUAUUGUUUGUAGAAAUAAAGAUUGUGUGGGAAUGAAAAUAUUGCAUUGACAUCUCGUCUUAAGUUGAUACUAAAUUUAAAGCAUUUUUUUUUCAUUAGAAUACGCUGUAAAAUGUAGGUUUAAAAAAUACUGUGAAAGGUGUGUAGUUUUUGUUACAAUAUUUCUUGCUAAAAUCAAAACCUUGUUGUCACAAUGAUGCACAUGAGGUUCUCUUGUGGGAAGAAUCGACAGGGGAGCUAUAUAUGUAUAUUGCUAUUAAUUUUAAGUUUAUCUUACUUUGUCGGUCUUGACUUAAAAAGUUCAAUAUUGAGCCUGAGGGUGUUUGACGUAGCUGCAUUCUGCUAAUCUCCAUGUGAAGUUUGAUGACUGUCCAAGGUUAUAAUUGCACUUGUGUUGGUUUUGACAAACUGCAUUUAUCGUAGCAAUAAACAUCUACUAGUAAUAUCUUAUACUUCAGAAAAGGUCUUCUUGUAUUUCCUUGUUGGCAUUCAAGUUUUGUUGCCAGGAUGCGAAAAGGUUGGAAGUGGCAAAAAAAGAAAUGGAUGAUACCUUUUCACUUAUCACCUCACACACAUAGCAAAAAGGGAAUAAAAUGUUGUCCCAUUUCCACGCCAUUGUGAAGCAGAAACUAACAAGGUGAUUAUCUUGAAUUUUGUAUGAUAUUUAAUACAUGUAGUUCAAUUCUACAUGUAGUUCAAUUCGCCUAUUUUUUUUGAGGGGGGUAGGGUGAUUAUUAUGUGUACAAUGAAAUUAAGUUAUACACCAUUACUUUACUAUAUAUGUGUUCGAUAACACAUCAAGUUAUACUGUGUAAGUAUCAGGUUGUUGAUUUAAAAUAAGUUUCUGAUAGUUAUUCAUUUACUUUAGCGAGAGCUUAGUGCAAAAGGGACCUAACUCCUUAUAUUUUAAUAUGGAGUUUUGUCCUUGCGUCUGAGCUCUUGAUAGGAACACGUGCUGCCCUGUAAGAUAUAUUUAUGUACAUUAUUUGUUUUCUGUUUGUUAUUGAAUGAUGGAAAAUCGUGUAUCUGUUCAUUUCUAGGGAGUUAAAAUCAUUAAUUAUUUGUCUUCAUAUGUUGGGGAAGGUCCCAAAUAAUUAUCUGCAGUAAAUAAUGAAUAAAGUUUUAUUUAUGAUA